AUGAUUACGGCAUAUGCUGAAAAUGGAUUUACAUAUGAGGCGCGUGAAAUAUUUGAACAGAUGCCGCAGAGAAAUCUGGUGUCGUGGAAUGCAAUGCUUGCUGCAUAUGCCCAAACGGGGUAUCUUGAAGAAUCAAAGGGUAUCUUUGAUGCAAUGCCAGAGAGGGAUUUGAUUUCAUGGACGUCGAUGCUUGUCGCCUUUACAGAAUCCGAAUGCAUGCAAAAGGCGAAAUACUGCUUUGACCAGAUGCCAGAAUGGGACCUUGUAGCUUUGACUGCGAUGCUUGCGGGAUAUUCUCGAUCCGGGCAUCUUGACAAGGCAAAGAUUUUGUUUGACGACAUGAAGCAUAACAAAGAGACAAAUCUAGUUUCCUGGAUUUGUGUGCUCAGUGGUCUAACUGAGAAUGGGAAACUAACAGAUGCUAAAACCAUAUUUGACUCUAUGCCAGAACAUGAUCUUGUUUCCUCGACAGCAAUGUUGGCAGCAUAUGCUGAAAAAGAGCAUAUUGUAGAAGCAGAAGGAAUAUUUCAAACUAUACCAGAGGUGGAUCUGGUGUCUAGGAAUGCUAUUUUAACAGCUUAUUCGGAAAAUGGUAAUUUAGAUAAAGCUAAGGAAAUUUUUGACACUAUGGAAGAGCGUAGCAUAGUAACUUGGACGUCUAUGAUCUCAGCUUAUUCCCAAAACGGGCAUCUAGAGUUAGCAAAAUACGUGUUUGAUUCCAUGCAAGAGCACAACCUCGUCUCUUUCAAUGCGAUGCUCACAGGAUAUUCCCAGCAUGGUUACCUUAAAGAAGCAUGGAAAAUAUUUCACUCAAUGAAGGAAAGAGAUAUUCUCUCCUGGACGGCCAUGCUCUCGGCAUAUGCUCAGAACGGGCAUCUUCACAUGGCAAGACAUCUCUUUGAUUCCAUGGAAGAGAGAAACAGUGUUUCAUGGGAUGCUAUGCUUGCUGGUUAUGCCCAAAAUGGAAGGCCAUUGGAGGUUCUUGACAUCUUCUACUUGAUGGAGCUUAAUAUCAAUCCAGAUGAGGCUUCCUUUGUGUGUGUUUUAUUAGCAUGCACUCACCUUGGAAGAACCCAAGCUGGAAUCUCUUACUUUGUUUCACUAACUGUGGAUUUUGGAUUGAAAGCAACGAAGCAGCACUACUGUUGCAUUGUGGAUCUCUUAUCUCGAUCUGGAAGACUAGAAGAAGCUGGAGAGCUCAUAGCAUAUAUGCCAUUUUGUCCAGAUUCAUGGGAGUGGACAUGUUUGCUUGGUGCCUGCAAGAAUCAUAACAAUGUGGAGCUUGGAGCUCGAGGUAAGAUCCUUGAGAGGGUGCUCUUUAGAUGGUCGUCCAAACUAGAGUUGAAUUUUGAUAGGAAGGAAUCAGACAUCUCUGGAGCUUGGUAUAGCUUGGGAGGAUCCAUAAAGAUCAUAAGUUGGAGAUCAAUAAUGUUUCCAGGCACAUUUGAGAACACGGCAAUGCCUAAGAAAGAACCAAAAGCCAUUUCUGUCAUGACUAAGAAGGCUUGCCACAUUUGGAAGGUUUUGCCAACACCAAAAGGAGCUGACUAUUUGGAAGAGAUUGGAGGAGAGAAAGAGUUGGAGAAAAACCCUCCCCAGAUAGGUGACUCUAAGAAAAUUGACAAGGAAAAGGAAUAUAUUCCUUUUACCAGCCCUCUGGCUGUCGCCGCUCUCCUUGGUCGAUUGGGAAGAAGAUGCUGCUUGGCGCCAUGUGAGGUGGCCAAAGCAGGGCAACUGAGCUCCAGUAGCUACAACCUAGGGGACCCAAAUCUCAGCUCCUUAGAUCCAGUGCUUCCAGGAUUCUUGCCUCGAGGAAAAUGUCAUAUUUUUGCGGAGCGAGCAACAUUUGAAGGAGAGCUGCGACAGGAGGUUCCAGCAGGCAAGCCGGGUGAUAUGCUAGAAUGA